CGCACGGGGGCGGCCUGGAAAUGCCGCGCUGUGAGGACCAGCCGCUGGAGAGGCUCUUGGCGCUGGAGGGCCGAACUCCCACAAUGCACCUUGUAUCAACACGGCACUGGUGGCUGCUUCGAGGAGGGGCUGGGGCGCUCACCGGUCCGGCACGCAGCGCGAGGGCUAUCGGGCGGGGCCCGGGUGAGGGGCGACUGGCAGCCAUGGCGGAGUCGGCGCCUACUCGGCACAGGAGGAAACGCCGCUCCACACCUUUGACCUCUUCCACACCUCCCCCACAAGCGACAGAGAAAAGCUCUUACUUGCAGACCACAGAGCUCUCUCUCUGGACUGUGGUGGCCGCCAUUCAGGCCGUGGAGAAGAAGAUGGAGUCCCAGGCCGCCCGGCUACAGAGCCUAGAGGGGCGGACAGGGACGGCCGAGAAGAAGCUGGCGGACUGCGAGAAGACGGCCGUGGAGUUCGGGAACCAGCUGGAGGGCAAGUGGGCCGUGCUGGGGACCCUGCUGCAGGAGUACGGGCUGCUGCAGAGGCGGCUGGAGAACAUGGAGAACCUGCUGAGGAGCAGCAACUUCUGGGUCCUGAGGCUGCCCCCGGGCAGCAAUGGAGAGGGGCCCAAGGUGUCCAGGUCACUUGAAAAUGAUGGAGUCUGUUUCUCAGAGCAGGAGUGGGAAAAUCUAGAGGACUGGCAGAAGGAGCUCUACAGAAACGUGAUGAAGAGCAACUACGAGACUCUGGUCUCUCUGAAGGUCCUUGGCCAGCCAGAAGAAGAAGCAGAAUUGGGUGCAGGGAUGCUGGGCGACUUGGAGGAGGAAGGCCCUGGUGAUGUCCACCCAGCAGAAGGGGUGAUGAUCAAGCCGGAGAUCCAGUGCGCUCAGGAAGGCUCUGCGGAUCUUCCUGGAGAGUUCUCGGGCAUUGCCGAAGAGCAGGCUUUCCUGAGCCCAGAGCAUACUGAACUCUGGGGUGGUCAGGGUGGUUCUGUCCUCUUGGAUUCGGGCCCCAGGGACGCUACUCUGGAGGAUCCCAUUGAGGGAAGUAGAGACCCUAGCAGUGGCAGAACUCUGAGCUGCCUCCCGAAGCCGAAGCCCAGUAGGCAGGUGCAGCUGGGUCAGGAAUGCGGGCCGGGCCUAAAGCUGAAAAGGGACGCUUCUGGCCCCUAUGAAUGCUCCGAGUGCGAUGUCAGCUUCCAUUAUGAGCAGCAGCUCGCUACGCACCUGCAGACCCACUCGGGGUGGGGGCCUUAUGCAGCCUCAGAGCCUGAGGAGAGCCGUAGACCCAGGCCGCAGCUGAAGCCCCCGUCCAAGAGGGCGAGGCUGCACCAGUGUGACGUGUGCCUGAGGAGCUUCAGCUGCAGGGUGAGCCUCGUGACCCACCAGCGCUGCCACCUGCAGGAGGGGCCCAGUGCUGGCCGCCGUGUCCAGGAGAGGUUCUCGCCCAACAGCCUGGUGGCCCUGCCUGGCCACAUCCCUUGGAGGAAAAGCCGGAGUUCCCUCAUCUGUGGUUACUGUGGCAAGAGCUUCAGCCAUCCGUCGGAUUUGGUGCGGCACCAGCGCAUCCACACGGGCGAACGGCCCUACAGCUGCUCCGAGUGCGAGAAGAGCUUUGUCCAGAAGCAGCACCUUCUGCAGCACCAGAAGAUCCAUCAGCGGGAGCGGGGCGGGCUGGCCCUGGAGCCCGGAAGGCCCAAUGGCCUGCUUUAAGGGUGCCAGCCCCUUGUCCGUCCAGGUGGUGGGGGGCAGAAGGGGCUGGCAUUGGUCCCCCCCGAAGAGACACUGUGCACAGUCAGGGACUGACUGCUUCCUGAGGAGAGUCGCUUUGAUUUGCCUUCCGUUGGCCAAGCACCAGGCCAAGCCCAGAGGCUGUCCUGGAAACUGUGGAAGAGGAGGAGUCCGGGGCCGCUCCUCUCCCUGCUGUCUCUACCCUGCUGUGGAGCUUGUUGUCUCUGGCACCUGCAAGACUGGUUUUCCCGUCGGGGCUGCUGUUUGUGCGCUGCGGUUGGCUCUCUGACCCUGCGGGCACUCGCGGCUGGUUCCAGGUCAUGUGCCAGCAUUUCAGGUCUUCCCAGAGGUUGGGUCGGCCAGUGGGGCGAGCAGGUGUGUGGAGGAGUUGUGGGACACACCCCCUUCUCUCUCCUCUUUUGUAGUGUCUUUGUUAAAAACACGUAGAAGAAAUAAUUUAAAUGACUGCUUACCCUGUUCUGAGGAAACUUUUUUGGAAUUAGAUUUUAGUUGAUU